GAGAAGAGAAGAGGGGCAUUAAUCACCCGAUUCUUAAACCCUCUUCUUUUUUUCUUUUUGCUAAACCCCAAUUGCUUUCGACAACUGCCUGUCGACAUAAAACACUUGCGAGCCUGCGCUCAAUCAUUGCUCUCUCAUCAACUUUCCCACCAGCUCCACUACAGUUGUCGCUCUGAUUUCUAAGCUUAUAACCAAACAACGCACUUUCUUGUUUCAUUGUCUUGUGUUGUGUCAUCUUCAACGCUUUUGGCGACCAAACUUUUAAUUGUCCAUUCAUAGCUUUUUGCUUUACUAUCUGCUCUGUUCUCAUGGAGUUUACUAAAUUCUUCAACUUUGCUUCAGUUGUUCUUGUAAUUUCAGUUUAUUUGUUGGCAGGUAUGGUUAAUUCGAUUGGGAUCAACUAUGGACAAAUAGCAGAUAAUCUUCCACCACCGGAAAACGUAGUGCCGCUGGUGAAAUCCAUCGGGGCCACCAAAGUUAAACUCUACGAUGCGGAUCCCAGAGUACUUAGCUCGUUCGCAAACACUGGCGUCGAAUUCAUCAUCGGUUUAGGCAACGAGGAUUUAGGGAGGAUGCGAGAUCCAAACAAUGCCCAAGCUUGGGUUAAACAAAACGUGCAAGCUCAUUUACCAGACACGAAAAUCACCUGCAUCUUUGUCGGCAACGAGAUUCUCACUUUCAACGACGCUUCUCUCUCCGACAACCUUCUCCCGGCAAUGCAAAGCGUUCACACGGCGCUGGUAAACCUCGGACUCGACAAACAAGUGACUGUCACCACCGCACAUUCCUUAGCCAUCCUUCAAACAUCUUCCCCACCUUCAGCCGGAGCAUUCCGUGAAGAUCUCGUUGAUAUUUUAAGCCAAACUUUGAACUUUCAUCAGAAAACAGGGUCACCUUUUCUGAUUAAUGCGUAUCCGUUCUUUGCUUAUAAGGGAAACCCAAAGCAAGUUUCGUUGGAUUUUGUUCUAUUUCAGCCAAACCAAGGGCUUAUCGAUCCGGCAACGAAUUUGCACUACGACAACAUGUUGUACGCUCAAAUCGACGCCGUUUACUCAGCUUUAGCUUCGUUGGGUUACAAGAAACUACCGGUUCAUAUAUCGGAAACUGGGUGGCCUUCAAAGGGAGACGAAGAUGAAGCCGGAGCAACACCCGAUAAUGCUGAGAAAUACAACGGGAAUUUGAUUAAAUUGAUGUCUAAAAACACAGGGUCGCCAAUGAGACCGGAUUCGGAUCUUAAUAUUUAUGUUUUUGCUUUGUUUAACGAGAAUAUGAAACCAGGACCUACUUCAGAGAGGAAUUAUGGGUUAUUUAAGCCUGAUGGAACGCCGGCCUAUGCUCUUGGAGUUACUAAUAGCAAUGAUUCGACCUCCGGUGGAAGUAUUGGUAAUGGGGUGACGACGCCUUUUUCUCCGACGAGUUCUUCCACUGGUUAUUUGUCUAUCUCUUCAGCGACGGGAAGAUAUGAAUUCGUCGGGCAUGUGUUGAUGGCGUCACUGUUGUUGACAAAAAUAUUGGUGUAGAGAAUUUCAAACUUCAAAGCACUUUUUAUCGGAUAUUGAGGAGGGAUAUCAACUUGGUUGUUAGAGAAAGAAAAGUUAGGUUUGGUGAUUAAGGGGUGUUCAGUAGAGAGGGGCUGCAUCUUAUAAUAGUUGCUAGUGUAGAUGAUGAUUAUUAAUUUGUUGCAUCUUAUACAAUUAUUACUUCAGAUUAUGAUUAGUAAUCAAUUUAC